AUGGCUACCGACCGUAUCCUCUACUCAAACAAUGACUACGAGAUCCGCCCAGCCCGCAGCGUAAACGAGUACCGAAACCUGUGGUGGCGCUACAUGGUAGAACUAGGCUGGAACCGUGGCUACUUCGACAUAGACACCUACAUGAACCCCUCUCAUGGCUCAGGAAUGCUGCUCCUAAUCCACAAAGGCCAAGACAAACGUCGGAUAUGCGGUCAUGUCGCUGCCGUCAUCAACGCCAACAACACUGGCUGGCUUUCACUUUUCGUUGUUGGGGAGGAACACCGUGGGAAGGGGAUGGGAGGGAAGUUGUUUGAGGCUGCUAUGGAGGACUUUCGUGAGCAUGGAACUGAGAUUAUGGGGCUUGAUGGAGUGGCGGAGCAGAAGGCGACGUAUGAGAGGCGUGGGUUUGUUGAUUCGCCACUUGGCACUGUCAGGAUCAUGACUAGGCCGUUGGUGGAAAAAGUACCGCUGCCGACUCGAGAUGGGGAGGUACCAGGGCACUUCAUACAAAUCUAUGACGUCCCUCUACAUCUGCUGGCUCAGCACGAGCAAAAGUACACAGGCUUCCAGCGACCAGCGUUAUGGUCUAACGAGCAUCUUUUCGAACGCGACGACAUAGAUGGCGUGGCUCUAGCCAGCACCGACAAUCCGCAGACUGUCAACGAUCUGCAAGGCUGGACCAUCAUCCGUCGCUCCUUACACGGUCCACGAAUUGGUCCACUAUAUGCCGAGAACGCAGAAGUAGCUCAGGCAGUGCUGGAGCGUGCUAUAGAGCUAGCGAACGUCAAGUUCGUCGAUGCCGUCCAUCCCGAUGAUCCUUAUGAAGACAUGUCUGAAGCCGAGAUUGCUGAGAAGGCGUAUAUAACGGCUGAGGUAUGGGGUGGAAAUCCUGAAGCUGUAAAAGUGUUUGAGCAGGCUGGUUGGACAUAUGCAGGUGUGUCUUAUCAUCGUAUGUGGGUGGGUGGAAAGGCGACGCCGGAGUUUAGUGAGGGUGGAGCUGCUCAGCAAGGCGUGUUCGCUAUGAUGGAUGCUGCUACUGGCUAG